AUGAAGAGUAUCUGUUCUAUUGCCUGGCUGGUUCCUCUUUUGGAACUGGCCACCGCUGCCCGAGCACCAAUCAAGAAAACCCUGACCGGCCAUAUUGACCCUUCGCAGGUCUUCUCCUUUGUCUAUGUCCCAUUUGAAGUGGAAGUCGGGACAACAUCCAUCUAUGUCCUACAAAACUACUCGAAAAAAGGGCAGGGAAAUGCCCUUGAUCUGGGGAUCUUCGACCAGCGAGGAUACCAGAUGAUGGACGCACAGAAUGGUGCCACAGGCUCUCGGGGCUGGUCCGGUGGUUUCAGAAACAACUUCACCAUCACUCCGUCCUCGGCCACCCCCGGCUACAACCCCGGCGCGAUCGAACCAGGGACCUGGAACGUCGUGCUCGGCCCAUACGCAUCCGUCCCCGAGGGUAUAGACUGGCAGCUCGAUAUCGAAAUGUCCUUCGACCCCACUGACUCGUGGUUCUCCCCCUACUACGCCACCACCAACCUGGACCCCUCUGCAACGGCUGGCAGGAGGACUCAGCACCAGCAGAUCCACAACGCCCUGGCCCAGAAUCUCUCCUUCAUCUUCUUCAGCGACCACAACACCGACACCAGCAACCAGAUCAUCGGCGCCUACCAGGCCUCUCUCGCCCCGGAUCUGCUCAUCGGCCGCGCCAUCGAGGUCACCACCCGCUACGGCCACUGGCAGGCCGUCGGCCUCGACCGCGGCCAGAUCAUCGAGUGGCGGUACAAGCCCGAAGAUAACCCCGGCUUCGCGGCCGCCGCGCACCAGGUCCACCGCGUGGGUGGCUUCGUCUCAGCCAACCAUCCUUUUGCGACUUGUCCCGCGUGUAAUUGGAGUCUGGGGUGGGAGGAAACCGACGCGGUGGAGGUCUGGAACGCGCAGUGGGACGAGCAGGAUGAACAGGCCGUCCAGAAGUGGCAGGAGCUGCUUGUAGAAGGGAAAUUCCUGACUGCCAUCGGAGGAAGCGAUUCGCACUCUCCCCCGUCGCUGAACGGGUGGCCGACGACCAUUGUCAAGGCGAGGGGACGUAGUCAAGCUGCGAUUGUGGAGGGUGUCAAGGCCGGCCGGGCAUAUCUGGUUCAAGGACCGGGGAUGGACAUUGCGUUUGAGGUGCGCGUUCCCUCGCUGGAGGCUCCUGCGCAGAUUGGUGAUAAGCUCCGAAAGAGUGCAGCGGGUGCCAGGGCUGUUUUGGUCACUGAAGGGCUGUCGAAGCUCAAGGCUUGCUUUGUCUCGGACAAGGGAUACUUCUACAAUACUACCAUUGAAGAUGGAGUACGGAUUGAGAGGGAUGUGCCGUCUAGGGCCAGGUUUGUUCGGGUGGAGGUUCGCAAUGGCACGACAGACGAGGUGCUGGCCUUGACUAAUCCAGUUUGGUUCUUGGGUUCUUGA